AUGCUCACAUCUGAAGUUGCAGUCAUGACUUGUGGAGGAAUGGAGAUUUCUACUUAUUCAUGUUCCACCACUCGCUCCAAUCGUACACAGAAGAACAAAAUCAGAGAAAGAAAGCCAAAAACAUUGGGAAUCAGUUUAUACCCAGUGGAGAGAUUAUCGGCGAGCUUCUGCAACUUCUCCACUGGCGUCGCACACUUGCGCUGGAAUGCAUCCGCAAUCGCCCUCGUCUUCUCUCACUGCUCCAAUUCCCGAGAGAUUCAUUUUGGGCCUUGUGAUGGCCAGAUCUGGAAAAUCUCUCGAGUAUUCUUCCGAUCUGUUGUCAUCCGCUGGCGCUUCGACCACCACAAGAAAGAUGGAGACAACAAUCGACGCUUAAUCUCCAUGCUGCUGCUUUGUUCUCCCAAUUCCAUAGAGGAGACGACCCAGGUUGCUGAUCCCAUCUCGAACCUAGACAACAAUCGAACCCUAAAAUCAAAUCGAAUAAAUCCCUCUGUAUCACUUCUCUGCCGAUUCGUCUUAUUCUCUUCCCGAAUCGAUCAAGGUGGUGAAGUCUGA